CUGAAUCAGGAGCAGUAUGGGAUAUACAAGGAGAUCAUGGACGCAGUCACGCACAAGCGGCCGCUGUGUGCAUUUGUGGAUGGGAAGGCAGGGAGAGGGAAGACAUUCUUGGUGAACACGAUAUGCAACAAGCUACGUUCCGAAGGACAUAUUGUUCUGCCUACCGCGACCUCUGCGUUUGCUGCGCAAUUAUAUCCCGGUGGGAAGACUACCCACUCGGUGUUCAAG